AUGGAAAGCACUCCUCCGCAAACUGGUCACCCCAUCGACCCCUCAUUGCUCAAGACACCAACGAAGCCGGACGAAGCACUCAUCAACAGCCGUAAAUUCACCGGAAUCACUCCCGAAAUUCAGUCCGCGGCUGUCGCCGAAGAGAAGAAGGAAAACAUGGCCAUAAGCGGUGAAAAGAUUCCGUUGCCGAAACUCGAGACCCCAGAGGCCGUGCGCAUGCGACGCGAGCAACAGGCGGAAUUGGCCAAGAUGCACAUGAGCAGCCCGUCGGACAGCAUGCUCAGCCCAUGCACGUCAAAGUUGUUCGGCAAAGAAGGACGUCGCAAAGCCGCUGGCCCAGCCGCACUCCUCCGCAAGAAGCAGCAAGGCGCCAUCCCAUUCAAUAUGGCCGACGAGGAA